CCCCACCUUAUCCCCAUGGCCGCUGUCCAUUGGACGCCCCUGGCGCUCUGCCUCUUCCUUCCUUCCUUCGCCUCGCUCCGUGGCCACGGACGCACGCACGCCGCGUCCCCGAUUCCCACCUUAGAAUUGCAGGCGCCGCGAUACCACCGAUCGCAGUCCGUUACUACACUUCCCUAUCGUCGUGACAGGAUCGUGGUGGAGAAUUUCUGCGCAAUGGAGGCGUUGCAGCAGUCUGCGAGGGCGGGCGUGGUGCCCUCCGUGUCCUCUUCGAACGGCUUGGUGAACUCCUCCCCUGCCACAGGAUCUCGCCUCACGCACGCGAAAGCGAGAUUCCUUUGCGGGAGCGGAGCGUCGUUCAAGGGGAACGGAGCUUUGGUGGCUAAGGUAGCGAAGGCUGUGUCUGUCCCGUUGGUUAGUUCUAGCAGGGGCGUCGUGGUGGCGUCGACGGAGACCGCUGCAGGAGGCUACGCUGCUGCCCUGGCUAACCUUUCUCAGGCCAACAAUGACUUGGAGAAGAUCAACCAGGAUAUGGAGGCGUUGGGCGAGCUCUUGACCAAUGAGACGCUAUACGACUUCUUGGUGUCUCCUGUUAUUGAUGGCGACAAGAAGAAGAGCAUCCUCAAGACCGUUGCCGAGGACGCGAAGUUUAGUGAUGUCACUAUCUCAUUCCUGAACCUCUUGGUUGACAAGAAGCGCAUUGAACUCAUCAGGGAAGUCACUAAGGAAUUCGAGGCUAUCUUCAACGAUCUCACGGAUACGCAGAUGGCUAACGUCAUCUCGGCUGUCAAAAUCGAGAAACCCCAGCUUGCUCUUAUCGCUAAGAAGAUUCAAAGCCUGUGUGGUGCCAAAAACGUGAGGAUUAAGAACGUUGUGGACCCUUCCUUGAUCGCCGGCUUCAUUGUGCAGUAUGGAAAGGAUGGAUCUCGCUAUAUCGACAUGAGCGUGAAGGGCCAACUCGAUCGGCUAGCUACACAGUUUCAAACCGCUGAGCAGUCCGCCGCCACACUCUAAGGUCCCUGCACAGUCCCGUAUUCACUUGAGCUUUUUGCUUGUCCUUGAGGAUCAAUGCAGGGCUUGUAAUCCGUUGACACUUCAUAAUCAAUUGAGAGGAGGACACCCGCUUCUCUUAUUGAUGAUAAAUUGUGGUAGUGAAUCCGAGAAGAGGUUGCUUUACUUGGGGAUUGUAGACUAUGUACAGUUUUCAAGAGUUAAGAAUGAGGCAGUUCCAAGUCUAUUCUGCACUAUCAA